UGCUAUUGGUUGACUAGAAUGGUCUCGCUUCAAGCCGUAAUUUACUCGCCCCUUCUCCGCCAGGCUGUCUCUCUUAGAAGAGCUACUUUCUCCUGGUUGCUGGAGAGGCGCAGUGGUUAAUGGUCGGAGAGAAAUAAUUUAGGGUUAAACAUGGUGCAGGAGGCGUAUUUGAGGGUUUGUUGGAGCCGUUAGCAGGACGUUUAGCUCAGCCAUGUGUACAGACAGCAGUUAGCCUGUAAUGUAAUGUAGCAGUACAGUUUAGCCUGCUGAUAGAAUAGAUCCAGUUCAUCCUGCCAGCAAUGCAGAUCUGUUUCUGUGUGGAAUAUAACAUAAGAAAACGUUUUACUAGACACUAAAAAGGCUGAACAGAAUUAUAACCUGGUGGCAUUAAAUCAGACUGAUAAAAUGCGGAUUUUAAGGGCUUUAAUGAGCAAUAACUCCAUCGGGAAGCUGGUUGAUCACUACUCCAGAUAUUCACCUUCACCUCUCUCCAUAAAGCAGUUCCUAGACUUUGGUUCAGAAAAUGCAUGUGAGAAAACAUCAUUUAUGUUCCUCAGAGAGGAACUGCCAGUCAGGUUGGCAAACAUAAUGAAAGAGAUUAACCUGCUGCCUGAUAACUUGCUGAGGACUCCUUCAGUGCGACUGGUGCAGAGCUGGUACGUUCAGAGUCUCCAAGAUAUUUUGGAGUUCAAAGAAAAAGAUUCCGACAGUGACAAAGUCAUAUCCAACUUCACAGAUACAGUGAUAAAGGUGCGUAACAGGCACAAUGACGUGGUGCCCACCAUGGCGCAAGGAGUGGUAGAGUACAAGGAAACCUAUGGCACAGACCCAGUAACCAGCCAGAAUAUGCAGUACUUUCUGGAUCGCUUCUACAUGAGCAGAAUCUCCAUCAGAAUGCUCCUCAACCAGCACACUCUGCUGUUUGGAGGGAACGUGCAGGUGAACCCAGCUCACCCUAAGCAGAUAGGCAGUAUUGAUCCUUACUGUUAUGUUACUGAAGUUGUUAAAGAUGCAUAUGAAAAUGCUCGAGAUUUAUGUGACAGAUACUACAUGAACUCACCAGAUUUAAAACUGGAAGAAUUUAACAGUAAAGAACCAAAUAAGCCUAUAACAGUGGUUUAUGUGCCAUCACAUUUAUAUCACAUGGUGUUUGAAUUAUUUAAGAAUGCCAUGAGAGCCACCAUGGAGCUGUAUGGUGAUGCAAUGGAGUACCCUCCAGUUCAUGUUCGAAUAAUUCUAGGCACAGAAGAUCUCACUGUAAAGGUCAGUGAUCGUGGAGGUGGGGUACCACUUAGGAAGAUUGACAGAUUGUUCACGUACACUUACUCCACUGCACCUCGGCCUCAAAUGGACACAUCCCGCGCUCCACCUCUGGCUGGAUAUGGCUAUGGACUGCCCAUUUCCAGACUGUAUGCCAGGUACUUCCAGGGGGAUCUAAAGCUCUACUCGAUGGAGGGCCACGGAACAGAUGCAGUUAUAUACAUCAGAGCACUUUCUACCGAGUCCAUUGAAAGGCUCCCAGUCUACAAUAAGUCAGCGUGGAAACAUUACAAGACCAUGCAGGAGGCAGAUGACUGGUGUGUGCCCAGCAAAGAGCCCAAGGAUAUGACCACCUUCCGCAGCAUGUAGAAUCUCAUGAUGAGAUAUUAGAAAGGAGUUGGAAUGCACACUAAUAAGACUUGUCGAAGGUCUGAAGAAAAACAGAGCUUGCACUACUGAAAGAAAGGCUGGGUUUGCACUUGUAUUGAAAUGAUUUAAUGUCAUGUUUGUGAUUGGAUUAAGCUCAUUUAUCUUUUAGCUUUCGUUAGGUUUCAAGUGCUUGAAUGCUUUUUAAACGAGUGUUACAGAGCCUGAGUGCUUUUUCUUUACUUUAAGGUACUUCAUAAAAAAACUUCACUUUAGAGCUGUGGAAUCUGAAUAAGCUCAUAAGUGUUAUUAAGAUAGCAUUUAGCUAAGCUAUAUGUCUAGCUGCCGACAUUGAAAACAGAUUUACAGAUUUCUACAUUUGCAAUGUGUUUUUCUAGUUAUACACUGGAGUCCUGAUGCCAUUGUGGCAAGUAACAGCUAUCAGUCAGUACUUAUUAAUAAUGACCACAUACAUAACAGUCAAGUAAAAUAAGUUCAUUUAUAAAUCAGCAGCAUUAAUAUGGAUAUCUAUAUUAAGUAACAUCAUUUUGCAGUGUCCUAAUACACACUCAGUUCAAAUGCAGCCAUCUGGUAGUCAGUAUAUUAGCACAACAUAUGGUCAGAUGUACUUGCUGUGAAAGAUUGCUGCUCACAUGCACGUUUACUUGAUAAUGGAUGAGAUAGACUGAUGUGGCUAUUUACUUGGGAGCAACCUUAUAAAAACCUGAUUGAUAAUCUACAUUAGCAGUAAUUUAAAAUAUCAUAUAAAACAAAUAUUAGAAGGUUAAAGCUUAAAGUUGAUCAAUAAAUGUCUGCAAAUUGUAGUGAUUCAGAAAUAAAAUAGCUGCAUACUUGUUCAUUGGUACAGUGAAUGUAGUGAUCAAUUGUUAUCAGCCAGUUACAGUUAUUUACUUCUGAAUGCAGCAUAACUAAAAGAAAGACAACUGAGAGUGUAUGAAAUGCAAGUUCACCCAAGUCAUGUAUAUGUUUUUUAGAUGUUACAUUGUGUGGAGGAUUUUUAUGGGAUAUGCUGUGAAUAGGUACGGCCCAAUAAAGUGACUGCUGCUAGAUAAAAAGUGCAGAGCUUUAAGUGUUAAAGUGGCAAACGAACAUUCUACGACAGUGUUGUGAUACAAAAUGUAACACGAGAAAAUCUAGUCGUUUGGUUCAAUGUCAUUAUUUUUUACAAUUUAAAACUAGGCCUAGCACAAUUGUACCAGUUUAGCUGACAGUGAUCAUAUACAUGAUUUAAAUAAAUAGUUAUCCACAUAUUACAACCAUUAUUUUGUCAUUUAGCUCUAUUAACUGCUUCAUCCUGGUUGGAGAUGUGGUAUCUGAUUGGACAGCGCUAUGAUUUAAUUAUACUCACGUUAGGGAUAAUCCUGGUGUUUGUCAAUACAUGAAAAAUGUAGGAUUGUGAAAGCUGACUAGUCGUAAUAAAUGUAAAAGUCCUGGAUGGUUACUCCUGACCAUAAACAAUGGCAGUUUAAGCAUUUUAAGAUGUGCUGUAGGUGUGGGUGAUGUUGCAGUAUUUUAAUAUGUCCUAUUUUUGUAUCUUUAACAAUUUUUAUAAAACCUGAAGCAUUUCA